UUACGAAGAUAAGUAUUUCAUCAAAAUCUCAAGGGUAGAUAGAGCCAGAGGUCCAAAGAGUGGCAAAGGAGUGCAUUAGAGGUAGCUGUGAAAUACCAGAGCAGAAUAGCAGACAGCUGGAAAUGAAUAUUAUGCAUCACUGUGCCAAAGUUCUCAGCCAUUCUCACUGCAAGGAAAUUUUCACUGGCCAUUCUUUUUUUCACUGGACCUGGCAGCUAUCAUAUUUCUCAGGACCAUCUCCUUUUAAAAAUUUGUCAUGGAGAAUUUUGAGCCUACACAAAAGAAGGGAGAAUUGUGUAAUCAACUCCCGUGUACCUAUUUCAUAACUAAAGUUCUAGUAGCCUAGAACCUCUUGUAAAAAUAACAUUUUUAGAUGUGCUUACUUUCUGUUAGCUAGAAUUCAGUUUUUGGGGACAUGGAUAGUAUAAUAAAAGAUAUACUUGUGUUAAAAAAUCUUUUUGUUUCAACCUAUUUUCCCUCCCAACAAACAGUAUAUAUAUAUGUUUUUAAAAGCUAGGCCUCCUAGUGACUAGCCAAAGUGAUAGAUAUGACUUUGCUUCAUGUAAAUUUAGUGUUAAGAGUUAACUAAGGUAGCAUAUGUGAAAAUACUCAACUUUGGGCCUGUGACAUAAUGUUUGAAAAAUAAUAGAAAGUAAGAUUAAUGAGGAUAUAAAUGAUAAUGAAUUGAUUGCAUUUUUGACUCAGCAAACAUUUAUUAUAUUCCUCCAGAUCCUUAACACUGUAUUAGGUACCAUAAAAUAUAUAAAAUAAGGAAGAAAUAUAUUUUAUUUCCCAAAUAAGGAAUAUAAGUAAUAAAACCACUACUUACUGUACUGCUCUGUAUACAUUUCAAAGCACUCUUACACCAGUGUUCUUAAAAUAAAGCAAAUGUUAUAUUUUAUUCAUAAAACAAGUAACUACAGAAGUAGUUAUUGAAUUAUCAGAGGUUAUCUAGUAAAUUCAUGCUAGAGAGUGUACUAGAUCACUCUUCAAUAAAAGAGAUUGAGUUUAUGGAACUCUACAAUGUAUUGAGUGCUUUCUGUAGGCCUGACACUGUGCUACACACUGGGAAUCCAACCAAAGAGGAAUAAGAAGUGUCCUUUGCCCUGAAAAGUCAUGAUUUGCUGUUUAAAUAGACAUAAUUGCCAUAUAUCAUAUCAUAAGUGCUAUGAAAGCAAAGCAUAGGAAGCAUGUAAUUGCAUAUAUGGGAAUCAGGGAAAGUUUCUGAGGAGGAAUGAUGGAAUCAUGGAGAGUAAGUAACAAGAGUUUUUAGGAAGAGACAUCUCCCUCAUCAUUAUCACCUUCCAUGUUCCCAGGCAGUGUACUAAGCUCUUUUAUAUAUCUAACUCAUGUAAUCCUAAGGGAGCAGAAUACUCCAAGGUGCAGAGUUUCCGAAGGACCUGGGUUUUUGAGGAAAAAAGAAAAGUUUUGGAAAAUUGGAAACAAGGAAAGAGAUGGAGAAUACGGAGCUUGUUUCUUUCCUGGAAGAUGUUCUGGGGGCCAGCAACCUCUGAUAUAUUGUGCUCGCCCAGGCUCUAGGAUGUGGGAAGUGAACUUUGAUGGAGAAGUUAUAAGUACACAUCAGUUCAAGAAACUCCUCUCGUUGCCACCUCUCCCUGUGAUUACUCUAAGAUCAGAACCUCAGUAUGAUCAUACAGUUGGAUCCUCCCAAUCUUUGUCUUUCCCCAAACUCUUACAUCUUAGUGAGCAUUGUGUGCUGACUUGGACAGAAAGAGGAAUUUAUAUUUUCAUUCCUCAGAAUGUUCAAGUUCUUCUUUGGAGUGAAGUCAAAGAUAUUCAGGAUGUGGCUGUCUGUAAGAAUGAAUUGUUCUGUUUGCACCUAAAUGGGAAGGUCUCACAUCUCUCCCUGAUAUCUGUGGAGCGCUGUGUGGAACGCCUGCUAAGAAGAGGCCUAUGGAACCUGGCUGCUCGCACCUGCUGUCUUUUCCAAAAUUCUGUCAUUGCCAGCAGAGCAAGAAAAACUUUGACUGCAGAUAAAUUGGAGCAUUUGAAAUCUCAGCUGGACCAUGGCACCUACAAUGAUCUAAUUUCUCAACUGGAAGAAUUGAUCUUAAAAUUUGAACCUUUGGAUUCAGCUUGUAGCAGUAGAAGAAGCUCAAUUUCAUCACAUGAAAGUUUCAGCAUCUUGGACUCUGGUAUUUAUCGUAUCAUUAGUAGUAGAAGAGGCAGUCAGUCAGAUGAAGACUCUUGCUCCCUUCAUAGCCAAACCCUCUCAGAAGAUGAGAGAUUUAAAGAAUUCACCUCACAGCAGGAAGAGGACCUGCCAGAUCAGUGCUGUGGCUCACAUGGAAAUGAAGACAAUGUUUCUCAUGCUCCAAUGAUGUUUGAGACAGAUAAGAAUGAAACUUUUCUCCCCUUCGGCAUUCCAUUACCAUUUCGUUCUCCAUCUCCUCUUGUGUCUCUUCAGGCUGUCAAAGAAAGUGUUUCUAGCUUUGUGCGUAAAACUACUGAGAAGAUUGGCACUCUUCACACAAGCCCUGAUCUGAAAGCGAGACCAGAGCUCAGGGGUGAUGAGCAAUCAUGUGAAGAGGAUGGGAGUUCAGAUACCUGCCCAAAGGAUGAAGACACCGAGGAGGAAAAAGAGGUAACUAGUCCACCACCAGAAGAAGACAGGUUCCAGGAGCUUAAAGUAGCAACAGCGGAAGCAAUGACCAAGCUACAGGACCCUCUGGUUUUAUUUGAAUCCGAGUCUCUGAGAAUGGUUUUACAGGAGUGGCUUUCAUAUUUAGAAAAAACAUUUGCCAUGAAGGACUUUUCAGGCAUUUCAGAUACUGACAACUCAUCCAUGAAAUCGAACCAGGAUGUACUAUUAGUUAAUGAAUCAAAAAAGGGAAUAUUAGAUGAAGAUAAUGAAGAAGAAAAAAGAGACUCUUUAGGCAAUGAGGAAACUGUUGAUAAAACACCAUGUGAAUGUGUAAGGAGUCCAAGGGAGUCUCUGGAUGACCUGUUUCAAAUAUGUUCUCCAUGCACCAUUGCAAGUGGUCUUCAGAACGACCUGGCUGAAUUGACAACAUUGUGUUUGGAGUUGAAUGUAUUGAAUUCUAAGAUCAAAAGCACCAGUGAACAUGCGGACCACACUUUGCAACAGUACUCUCCUGAAAUUCUGGCUUGCCAGUUCCUGAAGAAGUACUUUUUUCUCCUGGACUUGAAAAGAGCAAAAGAGAGUAUCAAGCUUAGUUACAGUAAUAGCCCUUCUGUUUGGGAUACUUUUAUUGAAGGAUUGAAAGAAAUGGCAAGUUCCAAUCCUGUGUAUGUGGAGAUGGAAGAAGGAGAUCUACCAACAAGGUUAAAGUUACUAGAUGACAAGGUUCCUUUUGAUAGUCCGUUGUUGGUUGUUUAUGCUACCCGGUUGUAUGAGAAGUUUGGGGAAUCUGCUCUUCGAUCCUUAAUCAAGUUCUAUCCAUCCAUUUUGCCCUCGGAUAUCAAACAACUUUGUCAUCAUCAUCCUGCUGAUUUUUUGGCUUAUUUAGACAGUCUGGUGAAAUCAAGGCCUGAAGAUCAGCGGUCAUCUUUUCUUGAGUCCCUUCUGCAACCAGAGUCUUUAAGGUUGGAUUGGCUGCUUUUGGCAGUGUCCCUUGAUGCUCCACCAAGCACCAGCACAAUGGAUGAUGAAGGUUAUCCCAGGCCUCAUUCACACUUACUUUCCUGGGGUUACAGUCAGCUGAUCCUUCAUCUAAUUAAGCUUCCUGCAGAUUUUAUAACCAAAGAGAAAAUGACAGACAUCUGCAGGUCUUGUGGUUUCUGGCCUGGAUAUCUAACUCUCUGUUUGGAGCUGGAGAGAAGAAGAGAGGCCUUCACCAAUAUUGUGUAUCUGAAUGAUAUGAGCCUGAUGGAAGGGGACAAUGGUUGGAUCCCAGAGACUGUGGAGGAAUGGAAGCUUCUCCUUCAUCUCAUACAGAACAAGAGCAUGAGGCCAGCCCCCCAGGAGUCACUAAAUGGGAGCCUCAGUGAUGGGCCUUCCCCCAUCAACGUGGAGAAUGUGGCACUUCUGUUAGCUAAGGCCAUGGGCCCAGAUCGGGCUUGGUUACUGCUACAGGAAUGUGGUCUGGCCCUUGAGUUGUCAGAGAAGUUUACCAGAACCUGCGAUGUCCUGAGGAUUGCCGAGAAAAGGCAGAGGGCUCUGAUACAAAGCAUGCUUGAAAAAUGUGAUCGGUUUCUCUGGUCCCAGCAGGCCUAGUGGGAGAAGAUUCAGCAGGAUGUUACAACAUUUUGAGAAAAACUAAAUCAUGCUCCUGAACCUUCUGAAUGCAUUUGUUAUUGAAGGAAAGAUACCACCCCCAAAUCCUGCCAUCUUACUGGGGCCACUUUUGUCAGUGUCUGUACCCUUGGCGUUGGCAUCUGUGACUCUUUAUCCAUGACCUCAGUGUUUCUUAACCAAAGUGUACUCAGCAUUUCUUAACCAAAGUUGAAUUUUGAAAAGAGUCAGUCCUUGUUUGCUGGAAUUAGAAUGUUAAUAUCCUAAUAUUAUUCCGAACUACGUAUCAAUUGCUUGUUGCUAGUGGAUUAGAGAGAUUCUUUUCUUACUGUGGCUUCCAUGUUGGGAGCAGAAGCUUUUCAUCCUGGUCACAUGAAGACAGAUAGUAUUAUUGCCUGGGGUUGGGUUAAUUUUAUAUCUUGUCUGACACAAUAUUGAAAUUACUGAAAUAAGACCUUGUAUAGUGGAAUUAACAAACCCAAAAUAAGUAGAACACUGAAGAUUUGAAUUUGAUAUUUAAGUAAAAUGGGACUGGGUGCAGUGGCUCAGGCCUGUAAUCCCAACCCUUUGGAAGAUAGGGAGGAUCACUUGAGGCCAGGAGUUCAAGACCAGCCUGGGCAACAUAGUGAGAACUCAUCUCUACAAAAAAUUAAAAAAUUAGCUGGGCAUAGUACUUGCGGCCAGGAGGUCCAGGCUGCAAUGAGAUAUGUUUGUGCCAUUGCACUCCAGUCUGGGUGACAGAGAAAGACCCUGUCUGAAAAAUAAAUUAAAUAAAAUAUCUUCAUAUAUAAAUUAAGCUAAUUUAAAAUAUUUUCUCUGUGUUUAUUUAAUAUUUUCUAAUCUGAACCUGUAUAUAGCUGACUGAUUCAUUCGUAGAAAUGUGUUAUCUGUAAUCUUUCCUAAGCAGAGUAGCCCACAAGAAUCAUGCACUUUUUAAAAUUAUUUCUAAGAAGCCAUAACAAAGCUGUGUACUAAUAAAGACUGCAGCAAGCACUUGUAUUAUUUAAAUUAUGUAAGUAGAUUGUCAUUUGUCAGGCUCCUGUACAUUUACGUAGCAUGUUAUAUUAAUAAUAAAUGUAAAGUUUGACUAAAGUUUUCAUUUGAACAGAAUGUAGACAGGAGGUUUAUUGUGAGCAUUUUUGCUGAAAGGUGUGGAGUAAGUAAAGUGUUGGAUACACUGAA